CUCAAAGUAAAUCUCAAUUCAUCCACAAACGCCUAACUUAAGUUUUGAUUAAAUCCCCCAAAAUGACCAUGAGAAACAUGUCCGACGGAAAGUCCCAGACCAACGUGUCGGUACAUUCCACCACAUCGGACGCUACCGAGAAACAAGGCGGAUCCAAGGGUUCCUGCAGCGUGCAUGGCGCCUCACAAACCCCUCAUCUUGAUCGUCAGCUUCAAACGCCCCAAUCAAAGGACAUCUUGCAGGCGCUUAUCGUGUCUCUUAACGAUAUUGCCGACGAGAACCAGUGCACCAAGUGUGCGGUGGAGAACGCCUCAACUCUUUUAACAGGGUACGUUCGUGAAGUGAGAGCCGCUAAGAGGAGUGGUCAGUGGUCGAAAGAGGAGAAAAAGGCCCUUAAGAAGGAGAUUAAGGCCUUGGGUAGGGGUGUGAAGCGGGAUGUGAAGAAGUUGUGGCAUGAAGAUCAUUAGUGUUUCUGCGCUUGUUAUUGUUCUAGAUUAUAAUUUUGUUUUCUUCUAUUUCAUUUUUGUGUUCCGGGAAAGGGAGUUAGGGUCUGGUUAUAUAAGUGAUUCGAUAUAUUGUAUGGUAUAAACUAUUUUGAGC